UAUUGUGCCGCCGCCGCCGCCUGCGUGUGCUUUGUCGCUUCAUUCAUGCCCCCUGCUGGUUCCGCCCGCUCCUGGCUGCGCCGCGGAGGCCGCGUGAACGUCAGAGGCGCCGCAGAGGCAGAGUGAGCGCGCGCCGCGGAGCUGGAGUUUCGAGAACGGGCCGGCGGCCGGAGGGGUCAGCUGAGCCAUGUGUGUGUGGCUGUUGUGGAGCAUUGCGACCCCGUUACAAGAGGCUUGUCGACAAUAUCUUCCCAGAGGAUCCAGAGGAUGGGCUGGUAAAAACCAACAUGGAGAAGCUGACUUUCUAUGCCCUCUCUGCUCCAGAGAAGCUGGAUCGCAUUGGAGCUUAUCUGUCAGAGAAACUGAUCAGAGAUGUGGGCAGGCACCGAUACGGGUAUGUGUGCAUUGCAAUGGAAGCCUUGGAUCAGCUACUGAUGGCCUGCCACUGCCAGAGCAUCAACCUCUUUGUGGAGAGCUUCUUGAAGAUGGUGGCCAAGCUACUGGAAUCAGAGAAGCCUGACCUGCAAAUCCUUGGCACCAAUUCGUUUGUGAAGUUUGCAAACAUCGAAGAAGACACUCCAUCUUACCACAGGAGCUACGACUUCUUUGUCUCCCGCUUCAGUGAAAUGUGCCACUCCAGCCACGAUGACGUGGAGAUCCGCACAAAGAUCCGGAUGUCUGGCAUCAAAGGACUACAGGGUGUGGUCCGGAAAACAGUUAAUGAUGAGUUGCAGGCAAACAUCUGGGACCCUCAACAUAUGGACAAGAUUGUGCCUUCAUUGCUCUUCAACCUUCAGCAUGCAGAGGAAGCAGAAAGCCGUUCCCCUUCACCCUUACAAACAACCGAGAAGGAGAAAGAGAACCCAGCAGAGCUAGCUGAACGAUGCUUGCGGGAGCUCCUGGGUCGGGCAGCUUAUGGCAAUAUCAAAAAUGCAAUCAAGCCUGUCCUCAUCCAUUUGGAUAACCACUCCCUUUGGGAGCCAAAUACAUUUGCAAUCCGCUGCUUUAAGAUCAUCAUGUAUUCCAUCCAGCCACAACAUUCCCAUUUGGUGAUCCAGCAGCUCCUGGGCCAUUUGGAUGCCAACAGCAAAAGUGCUGCCACUGUGCGGGCAGGGAUAGUAGAGGUCCUCUCGGAGGCAGCCAUCAUUGCAGCCUCUGGAUCUGUUGGACCAACUGUGCUGGAGGUGUUCAACACCCUCCUAAGGCAGCUGCGGCUGAGCAUCGAUUACGCUUUGACAGGUAGCUAUGACUGUGUCAUUGCUGGUGGCACCAAGAUCAUUAAGGAGCAUGAAGAAAGAAUGUUCCAGGAGGCCAUAAUCAAGACCACAGGUUCUUUUGCCAGCACUCUGCCUACCUAUCAGAGGUCGGAGGUCAUGCUGUUUAUCAUGAGCAAAGUUCCGCUUCCUUCUCUGCAUCACCCUGUAGACAUGGGCAAAGCUGGGGAGAACAGGAAUCGAUUGACGCAGAUCAUGUUGCUGAAGUCUCUCCUGCAGGUUUCCACCGGUUUCCAGUGCAGUAACAUGCUCACAGCCCUCCCCAGCUCCUUCCUGGACAGGCUCUUGUCAGCCACAUUAAUGGAGGACGCAGAGAUUCGCCUCUUUGUCCUGCAGAUUCUCAUCAGCUUCAUUGACCGCCAUGGGAAUAAGCACAAAUUCCAGACAAUCAGCACCAUCAGUGAUAUCUCCAUCCUGAAGCUGAAAGUGGACAAAUGUUCACGCCAAGACACUGUCUUCAUGAAAAAGCACUCCCAGCAGCUGUAUCGACACAUGUAUUUGACUUGCAAAGAAGAGAAUAAUGGGCGUGCUCACUAUGAGUCCCUCUACAGUCUGCUGGCGCUCAUCAGCAUUGAGCUGGCCAAUGAAGAAGUGGUAGUGGACCUCAUCCGUUUGGUUCUGGCCAUACAGGAGCUGGCCCAGGUGAAUGAGGAUAACCUGCCAUUGUACAGCCGCUGUGCCCUAUAUGCCCUUGGAGCUGCCUACCUGAACCUGAUCAGCCAACUGACCACUGUGCCUGCCUUUUGCCAGCAUAUUCAUGAGGUUAUAGAGAUGAGGAAAAAGGAGGCUCCCUACUUGCUGCCUGAAGGUGUCUUUGUAGAGAAACCCAGGCUGUCACGGAACCUGGAUCGCCUUGGCCCCGAGAUCCUCUUCCGGCAGAGCAAGAUCAGUGAAGUGCUGGGAGGGAGUGGCUACAAUUCAGAUAGGCUCAGCACACCUUACAUCCCUCAGCUGACAGAUGAAGAUAGACUGUCUAAGAGGAGGAGUAUUGGAGAGACCAUCUCUCUGCAAGUUGAAGUGGAAUCCAGGAAUAGCCCCGAGAAAGAGGAGAGAGCACCAGCUGAAGAGAUCACUUAUGAAACCCUCAAGAAAGCAAUUGUAGACAGUGUUGCUGUAGAGGAACAAGAGAGGGAAAGAAGACGGCAGGUGGUUGAAAAAUUCCAGAAAGCUCCCUUUGAAGAAAUUGCAGCUCACUGUGGGGCCCGGGCAACUCUACUACAGAGCAAGCUCAAUCAGAUCUUUGAGAUCACAAUACGACCCCCUCCCAGUCCCUCUGGCACCAUCACAGCUGCUUAUGGCCAGCCACAGAACCAUUCCAUCCCGGUGUAUGAGAUGAAGUUCCCAGAUCUGUGUGUGUACUGAGAGCCAGACUGCAUGCCAGGACGAGGCUGAGCAACAAAUCCUCCAGGACUACGUUGAGUGCUAUCAUGUCGCCUUCACAAGCUGCAGGGAGCUCCUGGGACCAGGGAGCAGCCCCUCGACAUCCCUUUCAAGCGAGAGGGUCAGAGGCCUCCCUUCGAGUCACUUGGUUGCACUUGGUUUCUCUUCCUUCCUCGAGCUCAACCCAUGUUCGGUCAUGGCAAAGGCUACAAAGUGCAUCCCCAGAGACUUUUAUUGACUGUGGGAAAAGGGGGCAAUUUGGUUUGCUUCCCUUUUUUAGAAGCUGUUUUAAUAGUGUUGAAGGAUUGAAUGUUUUCUCUCUCUGGUAAAAGCAUGUGUUGAUAAUCCAUUACAUAAAGUGAAUUUAUUCUCUGUGA